UGCAAAGAGGACGAAAACACACAGAUUUAUGACAAUCAGCCAGAAGCCAAUACAUAUUUCUAUCGAUAUCCACAACAGCGCAGUGAUGUUCAAAUCAACAAACGCAAUAGCGACAUCCCCAUGUCCCCACCAGAACUUUCAAAAAAAGCCAAUAAAACACAAGUGGUAUAA